AUGGAUAUUGGCGAAGAACGUCUUGAUCCGGAAGACCUACUUAAGGAGGAUAACCCAAAAAGAUGGGAAAUAUUUGUGGAUGGAUCAGUGAACAGUCAGGGAAAUAGGAUAGGAAUUGUCUUUGUCUCACCAGCCGGGGAAAUAAUAGUCUAUUGUUUCAGAUUGGAGUUCGAAACUACGAACAAUGAGGCUGAAUACAAAGCCGUCAUAGAAGGAUUGAGAUUGGCAGUCGAAAUGGGGUUGGAAGACAUCAGGCUUACUAGUGAUUCACAACUAGUCAUUCGCCAGUUGGAUGGGCGAUAUAAAAUCAACGAUCUCGCGCUACAAAGAUAUUCACAACUGGCGAAAAAAUACACUGAUCGUAUUACAAGUGUUAUAUGGAGACACAUAGGUCGGAUAAACAAUCGACAUGCAGAUGCUCUCGCCUUCAUCACUUCAAUGAUGGUGAACCCUGGAACAAGAUUCAUUUGGAUUGACAGUUUGAGGCAACCAUCAAUCUACAUUCGAGGAUGUGCUGUGGAAGUUAUAAAUAUAGAAAAUAACACUGGAAGCGUUGAAAACACCAACUGGAGGAUCCAAAUCCACAAAUAUUUACAAAAUGGAGAGACACCCCGCGAUAGGUUGGAGGCACAUAAACUCAAAAGUAGAGCUACAAACUAUGAACUACGCGACGGAGUAUUAUACAAAAGGUCCUUCCAAGGGCCACUUUUAAGAUGCUUAUCACCAGAAGAAGGCAUCGAGAUUAUGAAAGCUAUACACUAUGGGGACGCUAGGAAUCACAACGGAACAAGGUCUUUGGCUCUCAAAACUAGAGGGAAAGGUUACUAUUGGCCACACAUGCACGAAUAUGCAAAGGAUAUCGCAACUAAAUGCGAAGAAUGCCAAAGAUAUGGGAAACGCAUCCACGCACCAGGAAGAACCUUAAAUUCCGUGUUAAGUGUUUGGCCCUUCGCGAAGUGGGGCCUGGAUAUAGUAGGACCCCUCAGUGAAAAUUCUACUCCACUAUACCCCCAGAGAAAUGGCCAGGCAGAGGCAACUAAUAAGACCCUGGCAGACAUUCUGAAGAAAAAACUCGAUGGUCAUCAUAAAGGAUGGUGCGAACAGCUCCAUAACACUCUGUGGGCAUACAACACGACACGGCGGGAAGCUACUGGAAUGUCUCCCUUCUGUCUAACAUAUGGUGUAGAGGUUGUUCUACCAACAGAAGUUAUCAUACCAACCACUAAGCGAGAAUCUUGGGAGAAGAAUUUAAAUACAGAUCUCAUAUUGAAGAAACUCGAUGACGCAUAA